CCGCGCGACAGUCCUUUGGUGGCCGACGCGUUGUAAAUACGUGCGUGCGUCGCGGGCGCAAGUAGCGCCAUUCGAUAGUCGCCGGAAGGUGAUUCGAUUUUGCGAACUAAUCCACGCCAAGCGGAACGGAGCUUCAGUCUGUCAUUCCGCGCCGAGAAAUGGAAGACGACGAGACGCUUUCGUUCGGUGGAAGCGUGAGCACGUUGCCGACCUACGAGAAGGUUGUCGUCGCGUGCGCAUACGCGGUGACAGGUGUGCGGGUAGGAGCAUUUUAAAAAAUCUCUGGUUAUGACAACGGACGCGACACCGUCCUAUUACGAUCGUCUUCGGAUUGAGAACGAGAACACGCCGAGGGAGAAGUCUAUCGUUUAUUUGUCAUCAUCAUAAGAAGCUCCCUACGAUUGUUCUUCGUCAAGGGCAUAUUACAUCGAGUGUUGUUUAUUUUUCCCUUCUCUUAUUCCUUUAUGUAUCCUAUCCUUCCUUUUUUCCUUUCUUUGUACACAGUGUCACGGGAUUCGUAACGAAAUACCUGUUCUCUGUCUCCUUGUCGAAGCUGUCUGGGUGGCAAGAGAAGAAGAAAUAUGUGGUGCCUCGUGAGCCAAGCUAAUUCCGUCAUCCUCGAGGUUCAGGUCGACCCCAAAGCCAUCGGACAGGAAUGUCUCGAAAAGGUGAGUUUAUUUUUAUCAACUAAUUCAAUUCAUUGGAUUACAAGGGAUGCUGCGGCAUGCGACUAUUUGGGAAUCAGCAAAGAAUGCGACUACUUCGGAUUAAAGUAUCAGAACGCAAAAGGCGAAGAACUUUGGUUGAAUUUGAGAAAUCCUAUAGAGAGGCAGACCGGUGGAGGCGUGGUGCCUGUAAGAUUCGCUCUCAGGGUUAAGUUUUGGGUGCCACCUCACCUGUUGCUGCAAGAAGCUACCAGACAUCAAUUUUACUUACACUCUCGUCUCGAACUGGUUGAAGGGAGGUUGAAGGUUCCCGAUUGGGUAUCGAUAGCUCGUUUGAUGGCUCUAAUAGCUCAGGCAGACGGUGGCGAUUACGAUGCCUUGUCACCACCGCACGCCCUUUAUUCGCAGUGCUGUCAGAUACAACCGACCGAGCCCUGCGAGCCCAAGCCUCAAGAUUUCCUGCACCGGAUAGUUCAACAGCAUAAGGAGAUCAAGGGUAUGAAAACUUCAACAGCGGAAUAUUGGCUUCUGAAGGAGAUAUCGAAUUUGGAUACUUUUGGUCAAGAAAUGUUUCAUAGCAAAUUUGGAUACAACGGAAUCUCAACGAUCGGCGUUGGACCUCACGGUAUUACAGUAUAUCGUGGUCAGGAUGAAGAAACGCAAAACAUACCAUAUACGGCAAUUCAAAGCGCCACGUCUCAACGCCGGAUGUUCCAUUUGGUUUAUCUCUCGCUCGACGGCGAAGAAACCUCGUUGGAUUUCAAAUUAGACUCAAGCCAAUCGGCCAGCGGUCUCUACAGGGCGAUCACCGAGAAACAUGCGUUUUACAGCUGUGAGACAGUAAGAAGCGCGGUCACUGCUCAAUUCAUCCGCGACUUGAAGGGAACGAUAAUCUCUAUUUUCAACGAGGACUCGACGCUCGGCAAGAAGUACGUCUUCGACAUACGAAGAACUUGCAGGGAGGUUUACGAUAAUGCUCGACGUGCUCUCUAUUGCGAGUCUGCGAGUAUAACACCACCGGAGGAAAAGGAGAUCUUGGAAAGGCACGAUUGUGCCGAUUGUGAAAAUCCAAAGUGCAAGGAAUCUCGGGAGUGCCUGGCAAGGUUGUUGGAUGCCAUGCUCUGUCGGAUUUGCAUGGAUCGUAGCCUGGACACCGCGCUUUUCCCGUGCGGACACGCGGUAGCCUGUUUGGAUUGUGCUCGACGAUGCGAACGUUGUCCGCUUUGCAGAGCGGAUAUCGAUCACUGUCGAACGAUCUAUCUCCCGAUAGAGUUAACGCAUAUCGAUAGACACAGUCCGAAGUUGCUACCAGAGACGAUCGAGCCCGUGUUCGCCGUUAAAUCCUCCUCGGACGAGAUCAAAGGGAGGAUCGUGGAAAACGAGAUCAACGAGAAUCACGUCUGAGGGCGAUCUACCAAAGUGAAAUUCAAGCGAAUAGAGGAAGGUCAUCUUUCAACGAUAAACCGAUGGAAGAUCUUGCUGAAUCUUUCGUUGUCUUUUGUUGUUUUUCAAAAAAAAAAAGGAGACGAAAAGUUCUACGUCCAGUCUGUCUACGACAGUUUUUGUCUUGCAUUUUGAAGAUUUAGCGAAAAACGGAAUUGGUAGGCUUCGUUUAGGAUACAUAUGAUUCUUCUCCUUAUUGAGAAUUAAGUUAAGAGUUAUUUUUCUGAUUUUAUAUAAGUUUUAAGAAAGUAUAGAACAAAGAACAAAAAGAAUUAUACGAUGUAUUUUGUUUUUUUUCUUUCUUUCCAAGAGAUGAUAUAUUGUUGUUAAUAUCGAUAUCGCAGCGAACAGACUGGAUUACUUUAUAAGAGCAUAUUUGAUUACACGUUUGAGAGUACUGUGAUUCAAAUCGAUAUGGCUAAAAAUAUCUUUUAUUUGUUUAUUAUUCCAAGGUAACUACCAUUGAUAUGAAAUGUAUUUAUGUGAUGGUGUAACCCAUUUGUUGAGUGAUCGAAAAGUGCUAUUAGCAGCAUUGAUCUAUUGGGAAGCCAUGCUGCCAAUAUUUUUAGUGAAUCAUCAAUAUAAAAAGAAAAUAAUUUUAAUUUCUACUUAUCGGACCAAUUACUCUUUUUAUUUUAUGAUUAUCACGAAAAUUUUUUUUGCCAGGUCGUACACUCAUUAAAAUUAUAUACAUUUUGAGUUUCUUUUUCUCUUUUCUUUUUAUUAUUUAAAUGACACUGAUUCGAAGUAGUACAAGGGUAAGAGAGCCUGAAUUUUUAUUACUUUCAUUGAACUUUCAUAUUCUUAAAAAUAAAAAGAAGCAUAUAUAUAUAUAUAUAUAUACACAACAUAGACUGUUAAAGUAAUUCUAUGGAAUCAAUCGUAGAGAGGAUGUUUCAUUAGGAUAAGAUUUCAAUUGUAAUUGACUUAUGAGUUUAAGAAACUUCCGAUUUGGCAAAAUAAAAUAUGCAUAAAAAAUAAAAAAAUAUAAAUAUAUAUAUAUAUUUUCUUAAAGAUAAAUUAAAAAUACAUUUUACUUUGUAUCAAGCGGCAAAUUACUGAAAUUUAAUCUGUAUCUCUUCAAGUGUUCAAACGCCUAUGCGCAUACGAGAAAUAAUAUAUUUGCUUAUGACUUAUCGUUCUACAAAUUUCAUAAUUUAUUCGUUCUUGGAACAUCCUGUACGAAGAGAAAUUCAUAUUACAGUAAUAUAUCUGUUUAUAUGUACAUAAAAAGUAUGAUAACACCUAUUGAGGGUCAAGCGAGUAAAUGUCACAAGUUCGCUAAAAGUCAAAUCUGAUUCAGCAAACUCUGUGUACAUACCAUCUUUUAAAUAAGUCGUAAUAAAAACGAGACAAGUUAAUUGCAGUGCUUUGCAUCCAAAAGAUAAUUUACGAAGUAACAAGUCAGCGACAUUUAAUCUCUGAAAGAGCAUAAAAGAAGGAUGUUUCUCAAUCAAAAGGCAUAGUUAUGGCGUCUCGGAAAUUCAACCAAUAAUAAUAAUAAGAAGAAUAAGAAUAAUGAUAAUGAUAAUGAUAAUAAUAAUAUUAAUAAUAAUAAUAAUAAUAAUAAAACGAUGAUAAUCUAAUAAUAUUAAUGAAAAAUGAUAAUUGUAGUUUUCUAAAAGACGCCGUCUUCCUCUUUUAUCUUCGAUCAGUAGCGGUCCUGUUGUUACCAUUACUGGAAAUUAUUGUUAAAUUAAUUCUACUAUCUGAUAGCACAUUCUAUGAACCUCAUGCGUGGGUGAUGGUGGAAAGAAUGACCGAGAGAAAGAGAGAGAGAGAGAGAGAGAGAGAGAGAGAGAGAGAGAGAGAGAGAGAGAGAGAAAGAGAGAGUGAAAAAUGUAUCAAUCGUUUAUAGUCAUUCAUCAAUGCAAACAGACUUAGUUUAUAAAUAUUUAUAAUGAAAUGUAAUAAUAAAUAGACGAACUUCGGAGUUGCUAUAUUUACAAAGUCUUAAGCGUUUUUGCUUGAGAUUUUGCGCAGUCUAAUAUUCUUUUUUUUUUUUGAUAAGUUAGAAACUCGUGUUACUAUCAAAAUUUCUAUAAUGUUCUUAUAGCGUUCCACAUACAUCAAUAUAAUAAUAAGGCUACACUAUUUCUGUGAAAAUGAAAUGUAACAUGGUUCGUCGAGUGAUGCACAUUCUUUAGACAUAAGUCAGAUAUAAAUGUUUAUGAGGAUGUUGAGUUUAGAACAUAUAGGAGACAUGGAACAGUACUAUAUCAGAUUUUCGCGUUACGAUAAAGGAAAUUACAAAUAUUCCUAGAAGAUUUUGUAACUUUGCUAUCUUAUCGAUUAACCGAUGUACAUGUAAUCCUGUAAUCAUUUUUCAAUAUCCUUUACCCCAUAAAAAGAAUGAAUAUAUAAAAGUUUCUUUGUGAAUAAUGAUGUGUGUUACUUAACAUGAAAUAUAGCUUUGUACCUAUUACUGCGAUGUUUAUUCAGUGAUCGUAAGAUCGAUAAAGACAAAAAAAAAGCAACAAUAGCAUAUUACGAAUAAAAAUAUUUCUUGUAACUUAAUCUCUGUAUAAAAACCAUAAAAGGAAUAAUUCAGAAUGUGGUAGUUAGUAGUAUAUAUGUAUAUUACAUUAACGAGAUAUACAAGAAAAUGUAUUUCUAAAAGUUCUAAUUUGCAAAGAGUAUUUUUAAAGUAUUUCCAAUUAUUUUUUAGUAUUAUACCAGGAAUCCACUUAUCAUGGUGACAACAAAUAUUCAAAUGAAGAUGAUGCAACCUAUAAAAGGUAAUUUUUAGCGUACCAAUAUAUAUUAUAAUAUGUUGAUUAAAUAUUGUAAAAUAUC